AAAAAAAAAACAACACAUUUUGGACGAGAUGCCAUUAGCCAAUGAACGCCAUAUCCAUUAUAACUCUCGCCUUGGCCACCUCCUCCAAAAAACAGCAUCCAACUUGCGCAGCUACCAGGAAUUCCUGUCCAGCCAGGCACAACAUUUGCUGGCCCCCGUGAAUCGUCUGUGGGACAGGAGCCAACGCUACCGUCUGGUGGCCGGCCACAGCAGUGAUGAGCGCUGUGCGACGGCCCUACUCUCCGAAUGCCAAGAUGCCUAUCAGUCCAUUUGCAACAGCAUCAUGCAAAUGAACGAAAUGCUAGAUGAAAUGGCCAACGAUGUGGCUGACUUUGACACGGAAUGCAUUUACUUGAGCGGCGAGCUACAGCCAGAGCCCUGUCCAACCUCCGUGGCCGAGUGGCGGGAAUGGCUGAACGAAUCUCUGCACAGUCUGCAAACACAAGUCAAGUGCCUGGAGAUUGUUUCCCGCCUGUUCUUGCCACUAAUUCUGGAGCAGCGGACGGUGGACGAGUUCAAAACUUAUCUGCAGCUGGACGAGCACCAGGAGGCUGUGCUCUGCAUGGGCCUGGCCAAAGCCGAGCGACAGGCGACACUCCCGCUGCUGACUGCUUGACACACGAGAAAGAUAAUGCUGUAUAGUAUUAACGCCAGUCAAUCAAAUAUAUUUGCAUAGAAAUAAC